GAGGAAGAGAGGGAUGCUGCGAGAAAAGAUGAAGAAGAUGGAGGGGAGCAGGAAGAGCCCGAAGAGAGAAGCGCCCGGGAUCUUCGAAGCGAAGCCGGUGGCUCUUUUUCUGAGACUCUAUCUUUCCCAGAAGGGUCAGCCGCCGCUGGUUCUAGCACUGAUGGAUCAGAGGAGAAAAAGCAAGGAAGGAAGAGAGCCCGAGGCAUAGCUUCAAUUGUUUUUCGCAGAAGUCCAAGUUGUGCAUCGGAAUCAUCUGCAGACCCCACGAGGAGGCUUCGAUAUAUUCUGCGGGAUGCGAGAUUCUUCCUCAUAAAGAGCAGCAACCGUGAAAACAUCUCCCUUGCCAAAGCCAGGGGUAUAUGGUCGACCCUGCCAGCAAAUGAAAAGAAACUGAAUGCUGCAUUCCGAUCUGCAAGAAAUGUCAUUUUGAUAUUUUCCGUGACAGAGAGUGGAGCUUUUCAAGGCUUUGCGAGACUCUGUUCAGAAUCCCACCACGGAGGACCUCCUAUACAUUGGGUUUUGCCUGAAGGCAUGAAUCUUAAGACCCUUGGAGGGGUCUUCAGAAUUGCCUGGAUUUGCAGGCACGAAUUGCCCUUCACCAAAUGUGUUCACCUUACCAACGCUUUGAAUGGACAUAAGCCAGUUAAAAUUGGACGUGACGGUCAGGAAGUUGACCUCGAAUGUGCAACGGAGCUAUGUCUCCUCUUUCCCCCCGAUGAAGGCGUUGACCUGUAUCAGGUCAUGGGUGACAGGCACCACCAGGUAAGAGUGCUUUCACCCUUGCGUUCCAGAGGACUUCCACCCCGCCGAGAAGCGGACCGGGAUGCGAGAAGGCGUCGUCGGUCAGAAGAUGACGAGGUUCAUAACAGCAGGAAGAGACCGAGGAUGGACUACGCCCCUGGGUUUCGUGAGAGACCAGCGCGUAGGGAGGACGCACGCCAUCCAGCAGCGGACAGAAGAUUUUCAGGAGUUGCCAGAGGUGUUUUCAUGAAGGGCUCCUACGAGGAUGACCUGAGAGCAUUUCACAACAGCAGGCCACCAAGGCCAAUGCGGGACAUGUCCCCUGGUCGAGGAAGGGGACAGCCUUCCUACCGCGCUGGCCACCAGCAGCGUGCUCUCCCUUUCCAGGACUCUCGGUCAGGACGUCGACCUGUGCCACAGGAAGCAAGACACAGAGGUCAACCAGCAUGUGAUUCUGAUAGGCGCGUAGAGGACUUCCUGCGUGAAACACGAGCUAUCUUUGGCUCUCAGAGACGGAGACCCCGUGAAUGGGAUCGACCCGGAGAAUGUGAUAGUUCCCCAUAUGGCCGGAGAGACAGGGAGGCGCGUGAAUGGCGAGAGAGGAGGAGAGACGAGGAGAGAAGAGAGAGGAGAAGACGGGAGAGGAGACUGACGCGAUGCAGCUGCCCCGAACAUCUUCCAUUCAUCUCCUGA